UGUAGUGUUUGUAUAUUAAAAAUUCUAACAGUAUAAAAUUUCAAUAAUUUGAUUGUAUAAAAAUUGUUGUAUUAAUUGUAUAUAUGAUCUCAUUGAAUUAUUUGAAAUAUAUAUAAAUAUUCCUUUUCAUAAAUGUACAGAUAAUGGGCUCAUUAGAUAUUUUGGUUAUGCAUUCUGGAAAAUGGGACGAUACAAAUUGUUACGUUGAUUAUACUAUAGAGGGAGUAGUUUUUAAGGAACAAUCAACGUUUCUUGAUUUUUAUACUACUAUUGCAAAACAGAUUGGUGUUGAUUUGAAUAAUAAGACUUUGAAGAUUGAGUACAAGGUUGAAGAAAGCAAUAAACGAAUGGUUAUACACAAUGACAUGGGUGUCAGGGUGUACGUAAUGCUAAAAAAGGCGAACAUUGAUUUUAACAAAUUUCCUAUUUGUAUAACUUUUUUGGAUUCAUGUGAUAGACAGAUUUCUCAGUGUAAAGAGAUGGGGGUGUUGGCAACUGUUGCAGAAAAUGAUUGUCAUGAUAUGAUUGUUGUUGAACCGGAGGAUAUAAAUGUUGCAUGUUUAUCGAUUGAUACAACUUGGGUGAUUUCAGACGAAUCUAAUAAGCAUGUUGAGGUUGAUCAAGUAUACAAGGACAAAUCAAUUUUGAAAGCAGUCAUGGAAAGAUAUGCGAUUAAAGAGAGAUUUCAGUAUAAAACUACUCGGUCAAAUUCAAUAAGUUACACUCUGGAAUGUUUUUCUAAAGGAUGUGAAUGGUUAAUGAAGGCCUCUAAUAUCAACAAAUCUGGAAUGUUCAGAAUUCGAGCAUUCAACCGAAAGCAUACAUGUCCUUUAAACGAUAGAGUUUAUUCGCAAAGACAUGUAACUAGCAAUUUAAUAGGAGGGAUUAUGAAACCUAAAUUUGUAGAUCAUAAACGUAAAUAUACACCAGCUGAUCUAAGAAAGGAUGUUAAGAUUGAUCUAGGAGUUGAUGUUAACUAUAUGAAGGCUUGGAGGGCCAGGGAGAAAGCAUUAAAAGCUUUGAGGGGUACACCAGCUGCAUCAUAUGCAAAGUUACCUGCGUAUUUGUAUAUGAUGGAUAUCACUUACCCGGGGUCUCAUAUACGUAUGAAAAAGAGUACGAAUAAUGAGUUCUUGUAUCUAUUUGUUGCAUUGAAUACAUUUAUUCAAGGAUUCAAUCAUUGUAGACCAGUAGUCGUGGUGGAUGGUAGUCAUCUGAGAGGUCCAUAUAAUGGUACAUUUGUUGCAGCAAGCACGACAGAUAGCGCAGGUGUAUAUAUAUAUAUAUAUAUAUAUAUAUAUAUAAUAAUCUAUAUGUAUAAACGUGAAUCUGUUGUAUAUGUACAUUUAAUAUAUGAUUUUGAUAUUAUUGUAGGACAUAUAUUUCCACUUGCGUAUGGUAUUAUCGAUUCAGAAAAUGAUGCUGCGUGGACUUGGUUUUUUGAGCAACUUAAAGAAGCAUACGGUGAGAGGAGUAACAUGUGUGUUGUGUCUGAUAGAAAUGAGAGCAUUAUAAAGGCUAUUACAAAUGUAUACAGUAAUGUCCCACACUAUGCUUGUAUGUGGCAUUUAUGGAAUAACGUUCAGAAAAAGUUUAGAAAAUCUCAUGAGAAGUUAUCUGGUGUAUUCUAUACAAUGGCAAAAGCUUGCACAAAGAAUGAAUUUGAUAUGUUAAUGGAGACUGUAGAAAAAGAAGAUAUAAGAGUGAAAGAGUAUUUGGAUAAAGCUGGAUAUGAAAAAUGGGCUCUUUGUUAUGCACAAGUACAUAGAGGAUGA